AUGAUGAUCUGUGCCAGGCCGCGACGGCUUGCUCUAUUCAUUAGGCACAAUUGUGCUAAUCAGUGUCAGCCAGCCAACCAUCUUGCCUUCCCUUGCUUUCCUCGCGGCAAAUCCCAAACUCGGUCUGUCAUGAUGUUCAUCCCAAGUGCGAUGCGCUUAUGAUGAUCCGAUCUGGCCGAGCUAAAGUGGUAUUCCUAUGGGAUCUUUCGCAUGGUUUUUCAAUCAUCAUAUUGUGCUUCUAGGGGUUUCUUUUAUUUGUUCACUAUUUCUGCUCUUUUGUUAUUCAGUCUUUUCGUAGAGCAACGAUGUACCCGCUCGCGGAUUUGUUCCCAUCCUCAAACACUUUUAAGAACUCGGCUCGUCAUGGGAUUUCGAAAACGGAAUAUCGCAUCUCGAUAUGGCUCCUGGUGUCUCGUUCUGUUCGCACCUGCAACCAAAAGCGGAACUCAUGAAGCAUUGUUGCGUAACCCUCAACUUCAGCCGGAAUCAAAAGAAAGCGCCCCCUGCGUCGUUCCCCAAGCGCUUGACACGGUUCCAGACUUGCGAUUCGGCUUCAAAUUCAGGUCCACCGUCGCCGUGGUCCCGCCACGAUGGCAUGAGGCUGGACCAGGGCGGUACAGGUUCCUUUAACUAUAGGCAUCACAAGGCAAAAGACGGUAAUGGACAGGUGCCAUAAGUAGCUG